GAGUUCUUUAUUUGACGUCUGUUCAAACUUCAAUUUUUUGGCGGAUUUUAUAUAUUUUAGUAUUUUUAAUAUAAUAAUUUUAAGCUAUUAACAACCAAAAAACAGAUUAAUAAGAAUAUUAUAGUAUCGAUAAUGUCGAGCGAAAACUUAAAAUCUAAGGCAGAUAGGUUAUGUGGCUUAUGUAAUGAAACAGUCAGUAAGUAUUGUUGUCCACGCUGUGAAGUGUUCUACUGCUCUCUCGACUGCUACAAGUCUGAGAAGCACUCGCAGUGCUCGGAGAGUUUCUACAGGGAGUGUGUCAACGAAGAGCUGUCAUCACUCCAUGUUGACGAUGUUUCCAAACAGAAAAUGAUUGAUAUACUUAAAAAAAUGCACGAUGAAAACAUCGAGGAUGAUGGUGACAUUUUAGAAGAGUCAGAAAAUAUAGAAGAGAACAUAGAAGAAAUAGAUUCAGAUGAUUGUUCAGAGAAUGACCUGCAUACAAGAAUCAAAGACCUCAAUUUAGACAAUCCUGAUGCUCUAUGGAAUGCAUUGACAGAAGAUGAACGGAAUGAAUUUGAAGCAAUGCUCAGCAAUGGUGACAUGGGCCCUAUUAUACCCCAAUGGGAACCAUGGUGGACACACAGAAAGGAAAAGAAACUUCUAGAAGAAGUUAAUGAGGCAAAUGUAGACAGUAAUAAAUUGACUGAAUGUCCUGAUAUUAAAUCUGUGCCAAUGUUUAGUUCUCUCACUAGCAACAAACCAUCAGAAGCCAUUAGAUACAACAUGGCUAACGUAUUAGCGUCAUAUGCUUUCGCAGCAAGAUAUUUCAAUGGUGAGGUAGAAGCAUUGGAAGCUGCAUCACAUUUACUUGAUAUUUCCGCUAAUUUGAACUCUAACGCCAAUUUUGAAGAUGCUGAUAUUGCUGUUGAGUCUGUUGUACAAAGAUGUCUUCAAAGCGAAUACAUACACACAGAUAAAGCCAGUUUAGAUGUCAUGAAGAACGACGUGUAUCUAAUACUGCAGGGACCUUCAGAUGAUAAUAAACUACACUACAGCAAAUCAGCCUUAUCACACCUCAUUCAAAUAUUUACUGAAGCGAAAGCCAAGUAUAAAUUAAAAAACAAAAUAGACAAACAUAAUGGGGAAUUUUAUAAGAAAUUCCCUGAACAUGGCAACACUCAUUUGCCGGAAUUAGAUGUGAGCAAAGUGAAGAAAAUUGUAAAAAAAUUGGAAUAUUAUUUAUCUUUUUUAAACAGCUGUGAUAAUAAAAGUAAUUAAGCUUUAAA